AUGUCUACCAACUACGUCGAACCGGAUGCACUCGUGCACUCGAGCGAUCCUCAGCAUCCCGCAAACCACAUUUGCACGCUAUGCGCCAAAUUCUACAACUUGGGCUGGGUCACAGGCACCGGCGGUGGAACAAGUAUCCGCCACGAAGACAAAAUCUACAUUGCGCCGAGCGGGGUGCAGAAGGAGCUCAUGCAGCCAACGGAUAUGUUUGUCAUGGACUUUGCGACAAAAGAGUACCUUCGGAAACCUCAGUUCCAUAAACCCUCGGCAUGUACGCCCCUCUUCUACGCGGCCUUCACGCGCGGCGCCGGCUGCUGCAUCCACACCCACUCGCAAUGGGCUGUCCUCGUUACGCUGCUCGUUGAGCGCGAGUUCGGAAAAGACGCUUGCUUCGAGAUUGAGUGUAUUGAGCAGAUCAAGGGGAUACCGAAGGGACGGGGGAAGACAGGGAAUCUGGGGUACUAUGAUACGUUGAAGAUUCCGAUCAUUGAAAAUACUGCGCAGUAUGUUUCUCUUCCCCCUUUCUUCUUGGACAUCAUGCUGGACUGUUCACGCAUUCCAGACGCAAUGAAACGUGAGGAGGACCUGACGUCGAGCCUGGAAGAAGCCAUGGAGAAGUAUCCAGACUCCUACGCUGUCUUGGUCCGGAGACACGGCAUUUAUGUCUGGGGCGACAACGUGCACAAAGCCAAAACGCAGUGUGAGAGCAUCGAUUAUAUCCUCCAACUCGCCGUCGAGAUGAAGAAACUUAAUUUACCAUGGACAUCACCCAAAUAA